UUGUCAAUAUGAAUAGACAGACAUGUCCUUGCAAGCAUUCUCAACCGGGACGUUUCUCGCCAAAUCGCCAAGUUCAUCAACCACGAGUACACCAUCGAGCAUCACACCCGAAUCACACAUCACGGUCACGCCAAUAUGUCGCCCAGUAUCCACAAGUCCGUCUACCUAUUCGGUUACCCGAUCGCCCACUCGGCAGCUCCGACGCUACACAACAUGUGUUUCCAAAGCAUCGGGAGUCCUUGCGAGUACGAGAGGUGGUCUACGACCAAGGUCGAUCAGAAGGUCAUCGACGAGCUUAGGAGUCAUACUUCGGGAGGAGCUGCCGUCACCAUGCCCUUGAAGGCCGAGAUUCUCAAACACCUGGACGAGAUCUCUCCCGAAUCCUAUGCUACUGGAGCGUGCAAUACUGUCGUCCGAGUCCCACGGGAAGACGGUAGCAUCAAGCUGGUCGGCACGAACACCGACUUUUUAGGUGUGAGGAACUCUCUCGUCUCGGCCCUUCAAGCCCAGUUCCCAGAAACCCCGUUCGACAUCUCCCAAACCUACCCGGCCGGCCAAGCAUCCGGUAUGGUCAUCGGCGGUGGGGCCACCACCCGAUCAGCCGUCCACGCCCUCUAUACGUUAGGGAUGAAUCCCAUCUUCCUCGCCAACAGGGACGCUGAAGAGGUCAGGGUGACGAUAGAAGAGUUUGCCUCUAAACGGAAGGGCGGGAAGGGGGUCGAGUUGAUCCAUCUGACGAGCGUGGAUGAGGUGGAGAGGUAUUUGGGCCAAGAUGCUGAGGAUCGGAAACCUGGUGUAGCCAUGAUCGUAGGAGCUAUUCCUGCAAUCGCACCAAAGACAUUAGAAGAACGCAUGGUAUACACCAUCGCCACCCACAUCUUCACCAUGCCUUUCCAAGCCGGACCCACCGACUCGACAUCAUCCCCUAACCCGCUGCCUCUCCCCUCCACACGCCUGUUCCUCGACAUGGCUUACAAACCCCGUCUCACCCCUUUGCUCAAGAUCGGUUCGGCUCUAGGGUGGCAGACGAUCGGAGGGAUCCAAGCGAUGAUCGAACAAGGGCUCGCUCAACAACGGAUGUGGAAGGUCGGUAGUGCGAGUUUGGAGGUGGCUUGCGACAAGACGCUCUUGGGGGAUGACACGGAAAGAAAGGCGAGGGAGUUGGUAGAGAACAUGAAGGAUAUCACGGUGACCGAGUUGGAAGUCGAUAGGGCCUUGACGUAGGAUGUGAUGCCUCUUGGGUUACCGUCUACAGUCGUUUCUAUGUAUCUAUAAGGUUUCGUUCUGAUUUUCUAUGUACAAGGGAUAUUUCUCGGCUUCUGUGAUACUCUGGAACAUCGUAUAAAUGCAGGGGCCUUGUCUACCUCACAUCCCUGUUCUCGUCCCAGGUUAUCGCGCGAGGCGACGAGAUGUCCGAGCACAACAUAGCUUGCC